AUGGGCCUUUGUGCCACGAAGCUGGUGGACUUUCUGAACAAGGUCUGCCACUGGAAGAUGAUCGCCUGCAAUGCCAGCAACUUCGGCCGCUUCGGCGACCAGCGGGAGCAGCAGAUUGCUAUCCGCUACGAUGAUUUCAAGCACAAGGAUUGUGUCCAUGUGCUGGUGGAAUUGCGUGACGUGGGCUACAUCGAGGUUUCGGGCCUCGAGGACGCGUCGUCGACGGUGGCGAAGGCAGUGCAUGAGUUCAUCACCCACCAGUGGCACUGCUCAGAGUACCGGAACAAUAUCUUCGAAGCUUUCAGUGCCAAGUACUGUGACCGAAAAUACAGGACUCCUCCCAACUUCUACCUGCGGGAGGGCUUGCGGAACACCUUGGGCCGCCGCACCAUUGAGCUAGCAACCUUCAUGUCCGCACAAGGGUGGGAGCUGGCUGCAUGCAACGGAGGAAGCCUCUAUUUGCCGAAGCAAAAGCAGAGAUACUCUCACAUCCUGGCCUUCGAGAGGUCCGGUGACGGCCUGGUCCGCGAGAACCAGAUCAAGUUCGUGGGUGAUGGCACCGUCGGUUCCACACCGCUGACAGCGCGCCCGCUGCUGCUGGUCGAGUUUCGGACGCUGCCGGGAUGCGAUGCGAUGGGGCGAGCCUUUCUGGAGCAGCUUGGCGGCGUUUCACCAGGCUUUGCCUGUGAAGCUUUCCAAAUGAAGGAGGCCACCUUGAAGUGCAAGGAAGGCCUAAGUGUCUCGCUGCAAGGGCAGCCAUCACUGGCACGAGAGGCACAAAUGGUCUUUCGCUUUCGAGACCGCAGUCGGGAUGUCUUUGUCUCCAGUGGACAGGCGUCCCUGCUCCGGCGUCCGCCCAUGAUGGCACCCGGGUACUGGACGGAGCCCGGGAAGGCUGGGAUGGUGGCACAGGAGGUGGUCCCUGCGAGUAGUGAAGAACUGGUGAUGCUUCAAGAGGUCUUGGAUGGAACCUACAAGGCGAAGCGCACGCGGGACCGUCUGGGACAACCGGUGCCGUCGCGCUUGGUCGUGGUGGCCGCCCUGCGCUCGGAGACGCCCGAGCUGUGGGACCGCUAUGCUCGCCGAAGACAGCGCCUGGAACAAGAACUGAAGGGCGAGAAGGACCUGGUCACACCGGUGACCUUGGCUGCCAGCUUGGGCCUUACGUUGCGCUGCAUCCACGAGGACCGCGGCAAUGCCAGCAAUGAAGCGUACCUCCUUCACGGAAGCAAUCCGACUUCUGCGAUGUCCAUCUUGGGGACGUCCUUCAAAAUGGACUUAGCGGGCAAGAACGCUGGGAGCAUGUUUGGACCUGGCAUCUAUAUGGCAGAAUCGUCCGUGAAAGCCGAUGAGUACGCCCGGGAUGACACCAGCGGCUCCUACGCAGGUCUCUUUGCCGUCCUCUUCUGCCGUGCCUUGGUGGGCCGAUCCCUGCAGGUCACCGAUCCCGCGGACUAUGGGCCUCUGGUCACCAACGGAGACUUCCACUCGGUGGUCGGGGACCGCGAGCGCGCCGUGGGCACGUUUCGUGAGUUCGUCUUCUUUCAUGAAGAGUCCAUCUAUCCCGAGUUCGCGGUCUUCUACCGCAGAGAAUUGUAG